AUGCAAGAAAUUAUGAAUGCAUCCUGUAAUUCUGCAACACUUGGAUCUGGAAGAGAUCAAGUAUCAAGAAUUAUGUAUUCUAAAUUGAUUGUUUCCAGUGUUUCAAGAAUUGAAAAUUCAACACUUUUCACUUCAUUCAAAUCAAGAAUGAAUCAGUUAAUUUCAUAUCAAGAUUCAAUUAAUUCACUCCAAGUUCAGACUGAAAAUAUUUCAAAAACAUCAAAAACAUUUGAAUGGAUGAAAACAAUUGGAUUGAAUUCUAAUAUGAAUGAAAAAUAUUUAUGGCAUGGAACAAAACCUGAAUUUGUGAAUACAAUUGCAGAACAUGGAUUCGAUGAAAGAGUUGCAAAUUUAAAUGGAUUAUUUGGAGCAGGUAUUUAUUUUGCAGAAUAUUGUUCAAAGAGUGAUCAAUAUUGUACGCCUGAUCAUUCCAAUGAAUUUACUCUAUUAUUAUGUAGAGUUGUAAUGGGAAGACAAAUUCAUUUCACAAAACAAGUGAUGAAUAAUCAGAGAAGACCACCUGAAAUUUCAGGAAGUAAUAAUAGAGUUUAUGAUAGUGUUAUUGGUCAAUCAAAUACUUCAACUAAUUCAUAUAGAGAAUUCAUUGUCUAUGAUAAAUGUCAAUGUUAUCCUGAAUUUAUAAUUAAAUACAAGAGACAAUAAGGAAUCAAUCAAAGAAUUACCAAUUUCACUCCCGAUGUGAGAAUUAGUUAUAGAAACCUGUUGUAGAGAUUACUACCAUAAAUCAGUAACUCUCAGGAUCCGGACUAUUGCAAUAACCUUCUCAGACAACUCUAAAUAUAAUUAAAACAAAAGUUUAUUCC